AUGUACUAUCGUGAACCAAGUCCCUCUGAGCGUGCCCCGCUCCUUCCAGAACAGCAGCAUGCAUUGCCACACAUUGGGCGCCAAAUCUCCCCAUUGACGCUUCUAAUUCCGCUAGUCAUUGCGACAAGAGUUGCUGCGACCCUUCCUUCAUCGACAUUCUUGGGAAUUGUUCAAUCAGUCGUUUGUCGGCUGUGGCUUACAGCAAAUACCAAAUUACCACCAGACGGACAGAUAUCUAAAGAACUAUGCGCAGUUCCAGAGGUGGAGAAAGCAUACACCACAGUCAUGUCAGCCUCGGCAAUCCUCAACGGGCUUGGAGCCAUAGUCGCAUGCAGCGGGAUUAGCUAUAUUAGCUCCAGGUUGGGAAGAAAACCGGUUAUCCUCGGCGUAGUUGCCUUUGAAUUUGUUGGACAUUCUCUUCUGGUCUGCUCCCAGUACCUGCCUGGAGGGCUAGGAGCAAGUACUCUGAUCGCCUCCGUCUUCGUGCGAACAUUGAGCCAUAUGGCGUUCAUUGUGAACGUCUAUACCGUUGAUAUCUCCAGCGCUAAUGACAGAACACCCAUGUUGAGUGCCAUCAAUGGAUGGGCUACGCUAGGCCAAGCAGUCUCAUUUACUAUUGGUGGUCUUAUUACUACCAAAACCAACGACCCGCUAAUCGUUUACUACAUCUCGAUCUCCAUCCUCGGGGUGAUAUUCGUCUAUGUCUCAGCUUUCCUCCCCGAAUCAUUUCCUGAAGAGAAACGGAAUGAACUGCGUCGCCGGCGCCUCGCUCAGCAGAAUAUAGAAGAAAGCGGUCGUCAAAAUUCAUCGAACCGCCUCAUAUCUACUAUGGCCGUUGCAUUCGAACCUUUGAAACAGCUGGUUCCUACCCGCAACGCGGAUGGCAGACGGAACUGGCGAGUUGUGUAUUGCGCGAUUCAUAUCAUCAUCGCGAAGGUUGCGGAACCGUAUGCAAUGGUAGCCCUUCUGUUGCUAUACACAACGAAGUACAGCUAUGACCCUGCCCAGACCGGAAUGCUGUUAACGACACGGAGCUUGAGCGCUGUGUUCUCUCUUACAUACAUGGUACCCUCGUUGGUUCGCGUAUUGCGUCCAAUUUAUGCCAAGAAGGUUGCCCUCCCCGCAGACCAACAGGGCACGGACCUUCUCGAUGUUCAUAUCGCCGUCGUCUCCUGGGUCGUCGAUGCUGUUGCAUAUAUCAUGGCGGCUGCGACGCCGACCCGCGUUUUACAUCUCAUAGCGGCGACCGGCAUUAGGUUUGGUGCAGCACAUAAUCCCAUCUUUCGAAGUCUUGUGGUGUCAUCGGUCGACCCCUUAACACAAGGAGAGGUUCUAGCUGCUAUGGAAAUCGUGUCAGGCAUCGGAGUCUUCCUAUCUCCUAUCGUCAUGGGCAGUAUUUUUACUGCCACAAUCUCGACGCACCCGAUGUUGGUAUUCUAUAUCCAUGCGGCAAUUGUGAUCGCAGCUGCAUCGCUACUCUUCCUCAUCAGAGAUUCCGACCGCCAUCAAAAGCCACCAUGUACACAAGAUUAG